ACGAUGGAAUGCCAAAAUAGAAAAAAAGGAAAGCAGAAAACACUGUUUCGUUUGAAACAAUUUGCCGAAACAAUGGUCGUAGCAGGGCAGUGAUUUUGUGUAGAUGUUAUUCGCUUUAAUUUCAUUGCUUCUCUUGAAACAAACAGCACAAUCGUUCGGAACUAAAGUACGUGUGUGAUCUCGUGACUACCCCCUGCAAAAGACCACCGUUUGCCGUUCGUCCCGUAGCAAUCGAGCUGAAAAAUUGGUACCCUUUCGGACAAGAUAACUACCUAAACCUGCUACCAUCCGCCCUCCGCCAGCAUCGUGCGACAAUGACCCAGCCCCUUGCGGGUGACAAUAGAUGGAGUAGGCAUGCUGUAGCAUAGCGGUGUGCUGUCACCGUGUACGUCGUCUAAUUAAAUAUCAUCACAGGUCGCUGCCUUCACCUCGUACCAACGCGGAUAUCGCGGAUAGUGUUCAUCGGAGAAAAGUGAAACGAAACAUUUGUAUGCCCUUCUAUUUGGAUCCUUCUUACCAAGGUGGCUAUCUUUUACUGUGCCACACAAACAUUUGACUGAGCUUUUCCCACAUCACAUCUUUUGUGGCUAAUCGUGCAGCAGCACAGCAACGUCGUCCGUGUUCCGGUGUUCACCAUCGAUCCUCACCAUCGAACAGUCCUUGGGUGGACAUGAGUAGCGGUAGCGCCAGUACUGCUAGUACUGCCGGUGGUACUACUACUUCGGCCGAUGGUACGACUUCCUCUUCCUUUUGGCGCAACAACAGCCGUACCAUACCCGGUCGACCUACCACGGUCACCAAUCGUAUAGGGAGCGGGCGGACUAUCGGAGCUGGCUCAUCGGGUGGCAGUUCGUCGUUCCAGGAUUAUCAGGACUCCGUUAGCGAUGCGUGGGACCUCGGCGACGAUGAAUUCUGCAUUAUUUCCGGUGUAGUGGAUACGCGCAUAUCAAAACGAGCUUCACAGACGGCGGCACUGAAUGUGAUUAAAACUCACAAGAGCGGUGCUGGCGGCAGUGUAUCUAAACCACAAACCUCCGUCCACCUGGACACACAGGAAUUAUUGACUGGCCCCGCUACGAAUCCGAUUGAGCAACAGCAGAGCGGCGGUGGUGAUGCGCACUUGGAGGCAGAGUUGAGAAUAGAAAGCUUAGAUAUCCAAUCCCAGUCCCAGCAGCAACAGCAUCAGCAACACCAACAACAACAGCAGCAGCAGCAAUCGUCCAACGAUGGAGUUGGAUACGCGCACGAUCAACGACUUCGACAACGGUUUCAUGCGUAUCCUGGACGUCCACAAUUAUUAAAAUUAUCCUCAAAUGUGGCGUCGAAGGAUGUGGAGUGUGAAUCAAAGUACGAAAAGUUUAGUAACAUCCUCGAGGCACCGCUACUGAAUCUGAUCGCGCUAAAGGAACUCAGUUGGUCGGGCGUGCCACGCAAAAUGCGAGCAGUUACCUGGCGACUGCUUUCGGGUUACCUUCCCACCAGCUUAGAGCGCCGUCAAACGGUGCUGGAGCGGAAGCGUGUCGACUACCGAAAGCUGGUGCAGCAGUACUUUGAUGCGGACUGUCGCGAUGAAAGUCAGCAGGACACCUACCGCCAAAUCCAUAUCGAUGUUCCCCGAAUGAAUCCACACGUGGCGCUGUUUCAGCAGAAGCUCGUACAGGAGAUGUUUGAGCGAAUACUGUUCAUCUGGGCCAUCCGACACCCCGCUUCGGGGUACGUGCAGGGUAUCAACGAUCUCGUAACACCAUUUUUCAUCGUUUUUCUACAGGAAGCUGUCGGACCGGAUAAAGAUUUGGAGCAGUGCCAACUGAGUGACCUCAGCAUUGAGCAGCGGGACAUUAUCGAAUCUGAUUCAUUUUGGUGUUUGUCCAAAUUUCUCGAUUGCAUCCAGGAUAAUUACAUUUUUGCACAGCUCGGGAUACAGGCAAAGGUCAAUCAGCUGAAGGAACUGAUUCAGCGAAUCGAUGGAACGCUGCACAGACAUCUGCAGAUGCACGGUGUUGACUAUCUGCAAUUUUCGUUCCGAUGGAUGAACAAUCUCCUAACACGUGAACUGCCACUCUACUGCACUAUCCGGCUGUGGGACACCUAUUUGGCCGAGUCGGACGGUUUCGCCGUGUUUCAACUGUACGUGUGCGCCGCAUUUUUGCUGCACUGGCGGGAACAGUUGCUGCAGGAAAAAGAUUUCCAGGGUUUGAUGCUGUUGCUGCAAAAUCUACCCACACACAACUGGAUGGAUUCGCAUAUCGGAGUGCUGGUGGCCGAAGCGUUUCGCCUUAAGUUCACCUAUGCCGAUGCCCCAAAGCACCUCGAAGCCAAAAGUUGACCCGUAAUGACACUAGAUGGUGGGUAUUAUCAAAACUACUGUAGAAACUAUUUGUACAAGUUUAUUUGAAACAAUCGCGCAAGCGCUGUUUCUACGCCGCUCCGAACAUCAAUGGCGGGACGGACGGUUCAAUUCACUCAAUACGAUGCUAUUACGAUUUUGGUUUAGGAAGAGCGAUAAUAUGCUGAAAGAAAAAGGGUUUGUGAAAGAGAUGAUACAUGCAGGGUUAAACUCUUGUAAAACAAGAACUGCUUUUCUACUUCUGGACAAAGGGAACAAGCCACACAAUAGAUGGCACGUGUCUUUGCAUAAUGUUUUCGUUUGUGUGCGGUGCGAUGUUGGCUGCGUUUCGGUUUACUGGCAACUGAAAUCAUUUUUUUUUUAUCGUUAUCGAUCUGUGCAUAUAAAAAUCAUCGAAUCCCGGAACAUUUGUAAUUUGCCCGUUUUUUCUUUUUAAUAGAAGCAGAAAAUACACCUUAUCUAGCAAAAAAAAAACGCCAAAAAAUGGGUAGCACAUUACAAACAUCGAAGCCAGGUGAGAACUGAGUGAGAACGGUGCAAGGAUGAAGAACUGAAGGAAAAAAGGAACUGUGUAUCAAGCAGCAGAAGAUUAUAUAAAAACACAAGAGAGGAUAACUACAACCAAUUAGCUAAUUAUAAGAAAAUAAAUCAUAAAUAAAUAAAUCAAACCAA